AUGAAUGCCCUGCUAAAGCCGGUUGACGCAUCGUCAGAGGCAGCGAGCUCCGCCAACGAGCCAGACAUUGAACAAGAAUGGGACGGAAUCAUGGAGCCGCCCGAGAUUGAUCACGAAGCAGAAUACAUAGACGAGGAUCGAUACACUACUGUUACUGUCGAAGCAAUGGACUUGUCAAGGAAGGGCCUACACAAAGUGGAGGAAGCCGAGGAACAUUCCGACAGGUCGAAGGACGGCAAGGCGGAUGCUGUUAAAAGUUCACUUGAGCAGAGGCAGGGCAAAAGGAAAUGGACGAAGGAAAAGCCACGAAAAGAAAGUCAGGCCUCAAAGAGGAAGAGAAAGAAAUUCCGCUAUGAGAAUAAAACGGAACGAAAGAUGACCCGUCUCAAAGAGAAAUCAAAGAACAGUAGACAAGCCAAGGUUCGUCGAGCUGAUUAA